AUGAUGCAGGAUAUUUGCCCCGUCGGCUUCCCCAUCCGGCUGCAAGUACGCAAAUUUCACCCUCGAGAAGGCGACAGAGUCCAUCGCGAAUGGUACACAGCCAGCAAAGCAAGACGACACGAGAUUGCCCCGUACGCUCUGGCAAACCUCUCCAAAACCGUACAAUACUUCAAGGAUUACGUCUCGGAACAUGCUGAACAGGCCUGGCGACAGUACUGGAAGCGGAAAGGACAAGACGACAUCAUCUCGCGGCACUAUAGCGAGGCCAUGGCGCACACCCACUCUUCGGAUCUACCUCCUCAGGAACGAGAGCUUCUCGAGAAUGUCUUCAAGCUUUGGUUCGCUACUCAAAUCACGCUUGGGUCUUCUUGGAUUUCCAGUGAGGACAAACUCGGCAUCAUGCCCGAAACGGACCCGGCAUAUCCCCAACCUAACAAGGCCCCCACUCCCAAGAUGGUCGUUGCCCAGUUUGACAGGCUGAAUCCCAUCUACGUGCUGCGGCAGCUGCGUGCCAAGGUACUCAAAGGGCUGGAAAAACUCACGCAGUCGCCUCGGCGCGAGCCGUUUUUUACAGUUUACAUGACUACAUACAUUCUGCUCCAUGUGGUCACUUUGACCUGUCAAGACCGUCACGGCUACGCAAAGCGUCACAACAAUCGACUUCGCUACGACAUGCCCCCCUUUAUCGAAAAUCUACAGCAUGGCGCCGUUCUUAUGCUCUGUCAUUGGGAUUACUACAAGGGCCGUAGCAAUGCCAAGGGCGAGGACAAGGCGCUCACCCUCGAAGAGAUUCUCGAGAAUGGAAGUGUGUCGCCGUCACAACGAACACUGAUUCUCGACUCAGAAAGGCGUGUGACGCGGUUGAAAGCCGAGGGCAAGAUUGGGACCGAGGAUUACGAGAACCCGUAUUUUUGGAUCAGCCAAAUGUUCGACAAGUCUUGGUCCCCAGGUCAGGUCUGGCAGGCAAAGCACUACUAA